GAAAAGUAAAAUGGUUAGUGUUUGGUAGGGAUUGUGGUUAAGGUAAGGGUUUUACGGUUAGGAUUUAGGGUAGGGACGUACCAGGGAUCCCAGAUAGCACUAACCGACGAGAAAGGUGGUUCCUUCGAGUGAUUUCAUCACCACGCACCGCCAAUGCACAGGUGGCGUGGCGUCAUGCAUUCGUCGGUUGAGCGAGCGCGCCGCGGUUUUUUUGCGUGACCCGAUUGGAGUAUUAGAGGAAGCUUCCUUCAGUCAGAUUGAUAUCUACCCGGUAACCUGGUCUCCCCACUCCACCCCACCACUAUCCAUAUUACCGGCAUCUACCACCCGAGUCGAUGCUACCUGGAAAACGAAGUGCCGAAAUUAUGUCGGUGUCGGUGGCGUUCAUUGGAGUACUGAUGCUGCAUUCGGUCUCCUCGCAGAACGCUGGCUUUGUGAAGUCUCCCCUGUCUGAGACCAAACUAACAGGUGACACCUUUGAGUUGUACUGUGACGUGGUCGGUAGCCCGACCCCAGAGGUCCAGUGGUGGUACUCCGAGAUCAACCGGGCCGACUCUUUCCGCCAGCUCUGGGACGGCGCCCGUAAACACCGCGUCUCCAUCAACACGGCGUAUGGCACCAACGGCGUGAGCGUUUUGGGCGUGACUCGUCUCGGCCUGGAGGAUGCUGGGACGUACGAGUGCCGGGCCAGUAAUGAUCCAAGGAGGAAUGAUCUGCACCAAAACCCUGCCACCACCUGGAUCAGAGCACAGGCCACCGUUACUGUGUUGCAGAAGCCGUCAAUCAACUCGUCGGACCAUAUCACGCUGCCAGUUGAUCACUACAGCCUGCCCCUCACCCUGCAGUGCAACCUAACUUCAGCCCACAGCGCCCACAGCGAGAGUUUCUGGAUGAAGAAUGGGGAGGAGAUCAAAGAGACCCGCGGAGAGAGGGCCAACACCGAGUACUACCUGAAGAAGCCCAGAGGAGAGGAUGCAGGGGAGUACAUGUGUGUCUACACCUUUAAAAUGGCUCCGCCUGCUAACGCCACCAUCGAGAUUAAAGCUGGUCCUGACAUCACAGGCCACAAGCGUAGUGACAAUAAGAACGAGGGCCAGAAAGCCCUCCUCUACUGUAAGGCCACUGGCUACCCCUACCCUAUCUGGACCUGGCACAAACUGGACAAUGGGUUCUACGCGGACAUUGAAAACUCCUCCGGCCGUUUCUUCAUUAACAACAAAGACAACUACACUGAGCUGAGCAUCAUCAACCUGGACAUCGGCUCCGACCCGGGGGAGUAUCAGUGUAACGCCACCAACAUGAUCGGCACCUCGUCCGUGGUGUCUGUGCUGCGGGUCCGGAGCUACCUGGCCUGGCUUUGGCCUCUGCUGGGCGUCCUGGCUGAGGUCAUUAUCCUGGUCAUCAUCAUCGUGGUCUAUGAAAAACGCAAGAAGCCAGACGACAUACAAGACGAUGACGAACCAGCUGGACCAAUGAAAACUAACUCCACCAACAAUCACAAAGACAAGAACCUUCGUCAGAGGAACACAAACUGAGAACACUGAUAAUAACAUAUUAUACAUGUAUGUUUCGACCAUAUGAAGGUAACCAGGCAAAGGGAUUUAUAGAAAUGUGUUAAUAAGAAUUUAUCUGCCAAUAAAACGACGUAGAAGAAGAAGAAGAAGAGGAGGAGGAGGGAGGAGCUACUGUAAAUGUCUGUAUUGUAUGAUGAGGCAUGCCUUCUGAUUUUGAUUAUCUAGCUAUCGUGUUGACAAGGGUGAAGAAUGUGAUCCCAUAACAUUAUGAAUGAUUUACGAAGUGUCUAUGGAAGCAUUAUAACCAUUGUUUGCUGCAUGCAGUUAUUGAUUGUCGCUGUUUAUUGAUUGUUUUCAUUUGAUUAUUUAUUCUGAUCAAAUUCUUAUCAUUUUUCGAAUUUUUACUCUAUUCUGAAGUAAUGCAUGCAAGGUAUUCUAACUUUCUGUUUGGUCCAGACCUGACAUGGCUUUUUGGACUGUGUCCCAAAUGACACUAUUUUUCCCCUAUAUAGUCCCCCCGCCCCCCAAAGGUCUCUGGUCAAAAGUAGUGCACUCUAUAGGGCAGGAGUAUUCAAAUCUUAUCAUACAACCUCUGUAGAACUGAUGUUUGUUUUUUUUUCUUCUGGUUUUUCUACCUGUUAAUGCAUUUGACCUACCUGGUGUUCCAGGUCUAAACCAGGCCCCCAGGUUUAAAGAAAAAGGAGUGGAAAUGGUCUCAAAAUCCAGAUUUGAAUGUGAAUGAAAUGAUAUGGAAUAGGGUGUCACUUGGGACUCAGUCUUGUGUUUUUUUGUUUGUUUACUUAGAUAAUAGAUAAUCACUAUUUGUGUUGACUAUGAGAAGCUAAAGACUUUGCAAUGUAAAAAGGGAGGAACCCCCCCGCCACCAAUUAUAAUCAGUAGAUCUGUACAGUUUAUCAUUCUGCUGAAUACCAUUUUAUAAAUCUGUUACUUAUUUAUUAAUAUUUUAUCAGAUCACAUCUGGUUUCGCAUUUUUACUAAGGGCUUUGCAAUGUCCCUGUCUUUUUGAAUUGGAUGGAAAAUUCCUAUAUUUAACAUGUACUGUAUUGUAUGUAUCCAACCACCGUAUAUAACAAUACAUGUGGUAAUAUGAAGGAUAUUCAUUCAUGAGAUGCACUUACAUUUUGGAAAAAUCAUGGAAGUAAAAAAAGAUCUCUAUAAAGUUCAUUUAGUAUGUAAUUGUAACAACUCCUGCUAAUCAUUCUAACUGCUGUGUUUAACUGAAAUAAAAGUGUGUAUUGUGUAUAGCAUGGCUAUUAUCCUAUGCAAUAAUAAUCAAUAUUGAUAUUAAUAUAUACAAAAUCCCUCUUAGCAGCUUUUAGAUUCUCUAUGUUGAUCUAGAAUGAUCUUUAGAGCGUUGAUAGAUAGCGUACUGAACAGCUUGUUGAUCUCUAUAGUUGAUAAUGUUAUACAGUAUAUCUAGAAGUUGGAGCUAGGUAGGAGGCAGUGCGACAACAGGAACUAUGUUAUGUAUGUCAAGAUUGACACUUGUAAAAGCAAUCCCAAAAUCAAUCACAAGUCAUUUUUAAAAAUAAAAACUUU